GAUUCUAAUUGUUCGUUUGCGUGAAGCAACUUAACCUGUCGGACUGGUGCACCACACAGAGACAUGCCCUAUAAAGCUGAUGGAUAGCAACUGAAGCACACAUUUCUUAAAGUAUCCAAUAAAAUGGAUGCUUUCAUUAAUAAGACCAAAGCCGAGGUGACACUGCUGAAGGCACUUCGAUUUGGCGUUCUGCUUCUUCUGGGUGCCUACAUCUUUUGCUGGAAUAAGGACUGCAUAGAGUCACACCACUUGUUUUUUAAAGAGUUAACUCACAAAAAACAAACCCACAGUCAUGGCAGAGUAAAAAGGAAUGCCAUAGGAAACGGUUCUGCAGCAAAUUGCUCCACACAAUCGGUGGACAUAUUCCUCUCAAUUAACAAUCCAAGGAUUACACCAAUAGAUUUAGUUAAUCAACUGAGGAAUGCUUUGGAAAAUGUUCUCUUACCAUUCAAUAUCACAGAGGAUUUGAUGCUGGUGGAAAGUUUAAAUUUGACCACAGCCUGCUAUAAAAACUCUACUGGAGGAUAUCAGUGUCACUGUGAGGAGGAGUUAUUAUGGUCAGAAGACAUUUGUGACACUUUUGGUGCAUGCAAUGCUCAGACACAAACGUGCGACUGCGUUAACGGGAUUCCAUUUGAGCAGUUCUGUAAACCAAGGAUCACCACACCUUCAACACAGCAAAUUACAGCGACAGUGGACAUUGUCCUUACGUUGAGCCCUCCACAACUCGAUGACAAUCUACAGCCAUUAGAUAUCGUUGAUCUUUUAAGAUCUGCUGUUGAUGAUGUCUCGGUACAAUUUGAGAUUGCAGAUAAUUUAACACUAACAAGCUGGAAUUUGACCACAGCCUGCUAUCCAAACUCUACGGGAGUACAAAAGUGUCAGUGUGAGGAUUUGUUUGGAUGGUCAUGUGACAUCUGUGACACUUUUGAUACAUGCAGCAAUGACAGUACACCAACAUGUGACUGCAUUUUUGGAAUUCCUUCAUUUGGGCAGUUCUGUGAACCAAUUUCAACUCUUCCUCCGUGUGAACUACAAAUAAUAGAAGCGACAGUGGACAUUGUCCUCAGGGUGAAGCCUCCACCAUCCGACAAUGAUCUACAGCCAUUAGAUAUUGUUGAUCUUUUGAGGGCUGCUGUGGAUAAUGUCUCUAUACCAUUUGAGAUAGAAGAUGAUUUAACCCUAACAAGCUGGAAUUUGACCACAGCCUGCUAUCCAAACUCUACGGGAGGGCGACACAAGUGUCAGUGUGAGGAUUUGUUUAGAUGGUCAUGUGACAUCUGUGAGACUUUUGAUACAUGCAGCAAUGACAGUACACCAACGUGUGACUGCAUUUUGGGAAUUCCUUCAUUUGGGCAGUUCUGUGAACCAAUUUCAAUUCUUCAUCCGUGUCCACCACAAAUAACAGAAGCGACAGUGGACAUUGUCCUCAGGGUGACGCCUCCACCAUUCGAUGAUGAUCUACAGCCAUUAGAUAUCAUUGAUCUUUUGAGGGCUGCUGUGGAUAAUGUAUCUGUACCAUUUGAGAUAGCAGAUGAUUUAACACUAACAAGCUGGAAUUUGACCACAGCCUGCUAUCCAAACUCUACGGGAGGACGACACAAGUGUCAAUGUGAGGAUUUGUUUAGAUGGUCAUGUGACAUCUGUGCCACUUCUGAUACAUGCAGCAAUGACAGUACACCAACGUGUGACUGCAUUUUGGGAAUUCCUUCAUUUGGGCAGUUCUGUGAACCAAUUUCAAUUCUUCCUCCGUGUCAACAUGGACCAGAAGUGACAGUGGACAUUGUCCUCAGGGUGACGCCUCCACCAUUCGAUGAUGAUCUACAGCCAUUAGAUAUCAUUGAUCUUUUGAGGGCUGCUGUGGAUAAUGUAUCUGUACCAUUUGAGAUAGCAGAUGAUUUAACCCUAACAAGCUGGAAUUUGACCACAGCCUGCUAUCCAAACUCUACGGGAGGACGACACAAGUGUCAAUGUGAGGAUUUGUUUAGAUGGUCAUGUGACAUCUGUGCCACUUCUGAUACAUGCAGCAAUGACAGUACACCAACGUGUGACUGCAUUUUGGGAAUUCCUUCAUUUGGGCAGUUCUGUGAACCAAUUUCAAUUCCUCCACUGUGUGACCCACAAAUGACCGAAGCGACAGUGGACAUUGUCCUUACGUUGAGCCCUCCACAACUCGAUGAUGAUCUACAGCCGUUAGAUGUCAUUGCUCUUUUGAGGGCUGCUGUGGCGGAUGUCUCUGUACUAUUUGAGAUUGCAGAUAAUUUAAUACUGACAAGCUGGAAUUUGACCACAGCCUGCUAUCCAAACUCUACGGGAGGACGCGAGUGUCAGUGUGAAGACUCGUUUGGAUGGACAUGUGACAUCUGUGACACUUUUGAUACAUGCAGCAAUACCAUGACACCAACCUGUGACUGCAUUUUUGGUAUUCCUCCAUCUGGGGAGUACUGUGAACCGGUUUCAUUUCUUCCUCCGUGUCAACAUGGACCAGAAGUGACAGUGGACAUUGUCCUCAGGGUGACGCCUCCACCAUUCGAUGAUGAUCUACAGCCAUUAGAUAUCAUUGAUCUUUUGAGGGCUGCUGUGGAUAAUGUAUCUGUACCAUUUGAGAUAGCAGAUGAUUUAACCCUAACAAGCUGGAAUUUGACCACAGCCUGCUAUCCAAACUCUACGGGAGGACGACACAAGUGUCAAUGUGAGGAUUUGUUUAGAUGGUCAUGUGACAUCUGUGCCACUUCUGAUACAUGCAGCAAUGACAGUACACCAACGUGUGACUGCAUUUUGGGAAUUCCUUCAUUUGGGCAGUUCUGUGAACCAAUUUCAAUUCUUCCUCCGUGUCAACAUGGACCAGAAGUGACAGUGGACAUUGUCCUCAGGGUGACGCCUCCACCAUUCGAUGAUGAUCUACAGCCAUUAGAUAUCAUUGAUCUUUUGAGGGCUGCUGUGGAUAAUGUAUCUGUACCAUUUGAGAUAGCAGAUGAUUUAACCCUAACAAGCUGGAAUUUGACCACAGCCUGCUAUCCAAACUCUACGGGAGGACGACACAAGUGUCAAUGUGAGGAUUUGUUUAGAUGGUCAUGUGACAUCUGUGCCACUUCUGAUACAUGCAGCAAUGACAGUACACCAACGUGUGACUGCAUUUUGGGAAUUCCUUCAUUUGGGCAGUUCUGUGAACCAAUUUCAAUUCCUCCACUGUGUGACCCACAAAUGACCGAAGCGACAGUGGACAUUGUCCUUACGUUGAGCCCUCCACAACUCGAUGAUGAUCUACAGCCGUUAGAUGUCAUUGCUCUUUUGAGGGCUGCUGUGGCGGAUGUCUCUGUACUAUUUGAGAUUGCAGAUAAUUUAAUACUGACAAGCUGGAAUUUGACCACAGCCUGCUAUCCAAACUCUACGGGAGGACGCGAGUGUCAGUGUGAAGACUCGUUUGGAUGGACAUGUGACAUCUGUGACACUUUUGAUACAUGCAGCAAUACCAUGACACCAACCUGUGACUGCAUUUUUGGUAUUCCUCCAUCUGGGGAGUACUGUGAACCGGUUUCAUUUCUUCCUCCGUGUCAACAUGGACCAGAAGUGACAGUGGACAUUGUCCUCAGGGUGACGCCUCCACCAUUCGAUGAUGAUCUACAGCCAUUAGAUAUCAUUGAUCUUUUGAGGGCUGCUGUGGAUAAUGUAUCUGUACCAUUUGAGAUAGCAGAUGAUUUAACCCUAACAAGCUGGAAUUUGACCACAGCCUGCUAUCCAAACUCUACGGGAGGACGACACAAGUGUCAAUGUGAGGAUUUGUUUAGAUGGUCAUGUGACAUCUGUGCCACUUCUGAUACAUGCAGCAAUGACAGUACACCAACGUGUGACUGCAUUUUGGGAAUUCCUUCAUUUGGGCAGUUCUGUGAACCAAUUUCAAUUCCUCCACUGUGUGACCCACAAAUGACCGAAGCGACAGUGGACAUUGUCCUUACGUUGAGCCCUCCACAACUCGAUGAUGAUCUACAGCCGUUAGAUGUCAUUGCUCUUUUGAGGGCUGCUGUGGCGGAUGUCUCUGUACUAUUUGAGAUUGCAGAUAAUUUAAUACUGACAAGCUGGAAUUUGACCACAGCCUGCUAUCCAAACUCUACGGGAGGACGCGAGUGUCAGUGUGAAGACUCGUUUGGAUGGACAUGUGACAUCUGUGACACUUUUGAUACAUGCAGCAAUACCAUGACACCAACCUGUGACUGCAUUUUUGGUAUUCCUCCAUCUGGGGAGUACUGUGAACCGGUUUCAUCUCUCUCUCCGUGUCCAGAAGAAGGUAUUGUACUAUUGUAUAAUCUUUGUUGUAAAUUGACCUUGAAACUGGUAAUUGCCCCAACUUGUCACAUUAUGGGCAGGAAAGUUAUCUUGCUCUCACUUUCUCUCACUUUUCUUUCACCCCAACCUGGCUUUGAAUAG